UCAUUUGCGUCACGGCUCGGCUGUUCGUUUGCUCUCUCGCAACUGGCCUCAUACUGAUAACAGACAAGUGGGCCGAGAAACACACGAUGUGGAGCCCCCGCGACUAAACAUCAUAACAGGAUGACUCUCGGGUCAUUUUCACCUUUCUAUUGUGUUUCUUUCCACCAUCACUAAUCACGACCCAAUCAUCCCCUGGUGUUAACUGAAUACAGGGAUAGCCUGUCAUCAAAGGGAGUGGGUUGCCCUUAUCACCCCCGUCCCACCGGUCUUUGGCUCAGUACACUCAAGACAAUGACAUCAGGAGCAGGGGCUCUGUACCUCUGGGUCUUCCUCGUGCUCCAGCUGAGAUGCGUCAACCCGCUCGCAAUCCCGUGGGACAGAGGAACAGCAGGGCGACAAGAAAGUUUGGAUGAGACGACUGUAAAGGAAAAGCUGGACAGGUCGGGGUAUUUCAAGAAUUUGCCACGAGGUCCAGCUGUGGCUCCCCACAAGAAGGCGCCUCAAUUCAUGCUGGAUCUUUUUAACGCCGUUACGGUCUCUGAUGGGACCCCGAAAAGCCAGAAGGAUAUCCUGGAUGGAAACAUAGUACGAAGUUUCGAGGAUAAAGGUCACCCUGGAGAGAGAUUUCAUUUCUUCAACCUGUCGUCUCUCGGCCGCGAGGAGAGAAUGAUUAAAGCGGAGUUUCGUUGGUUCAGAAAGAAACAGAAGUUUUACCUCGGGAAGUCAAAUAGAGCACAUUUCUACAAGGUGGAUCUGUAUGAGGUGUUGGACAGCCGAGUGAAGCCAUGGAGAGGAAACCUCAUCACCUCCAGACUGGUGCCUUUCUACACACAGGGAUGGGAAGUUUUCAAUGUCACUCAAACGGUGUCAAAGUGGAUCUGCAACAGCCAGGAGAAUAACGGCAUCCUGGUGGUGACUACACUUCCCUCUGGUAACUGGAUGGAGUCAGUGGUGUCAUCGAAACAGAACGGAGAGCUGGCAGACACCAGUGCCUACCUGGUCAUAUUCUCAGAUGAUGGCAAGACAGGGGCAUCAAACCAGUCGUACCUGGGACAAACCAAAGCUGCAGCCGCAUCACAUGAGCUCCAUGACCAUCCCAGCAGAAGAAGACGUGCAUCUCCAAGCAUCUUGACACACAGCCGCCCUCAGUCCUGCCAGCGGGUCCCCCUAUUUGUUGACUUUGAGGAGAUCGGCUGGUCCGGCUGGAUCAUCUCUCCCCGAGGAUACAACGCCUACCACUGCAAAGGCUCCUGCCCGUUCCCCCUGGGGGGAAACCUCAGAGCGACCAACCAUGCCACGGUGCGCUCCAUCAUGCAUGCACUCAAGCUGUCGAGUGAUGAAGUGGGAGCGCCAUGCUGUGUUCCUGACAAACUCCAGUCCAUCAGUUUGUUAUAUUUCGAUGAUGAAGAGAACGUGGUUCUGAAGCAGUAUGAUGAUAUGGUGGCACUGAGCUGUGGCUGCCACUGAGUGGCACUGACUUUUUAUCACUAGGACAAUGAAGGAUGGAGACAGAUGAUGUUUGCUUGAAUUGACUAAAACACUGUAUUUUUGUGCAUAUGUUUAAAUGUUGUACUAUUUUGUGAAAUAAAACCAUUACUC